AUGCCGCCGCGCAAGUACCCAAACAUCCUCAUCACGGGUACACCGGGCUGCGGCAAGACUACCACAUGCGAGCUUGCGGCAAUCGCCACGGGCCUCACCCAUUUGGAAGUCGGCAAGCUCGUGAAGGAGCGAGGUCUCCACGAUGGCUUUGACGACGAGUUCCAGAGCUGGAUUUUGGAUGAGGACAAGGUCGUCGACGAGCUCGAGCCCGAGAUGCAGCAGGGCGGCCGCAUCGUCGACCAUCACGGCGCCGACUUUUUCCCCGAGCGGUGGUUCGAUCUGGUGGUGGUUCUCCGGGCUGACACCCAGGUUCUGUUUGGACGACUGGAGCAGCGAGGCUAUUCGUCCAAGAAGAUCGAAGAGAAUAUGGAGUGCGAGAUCAUGCAGGUCGUGCUCGACGAGGCCCGCGAAUCGUACCGGCCCGAGAUCGUAGUGGAGCUGCCGAGCAACACCGUCGAGGACAUGGAGAACAAUGUGGAGCGAAUAGAGAGCUGGGUCACUCAGUUUGUACAGGAACGAAGCGAAUAG